CUUGCUUUCUCUUUCCCGCAAAAACUGACCUUGCCUGCCUUUGCCUUUCUCCAUCUAAAAUUUAUGCUAUUGUCUUUUUAUUCUUAUUUUCUCCAUUAAAAAAAAAAAGAAAAUGCAAUUGCAGGUGAAAGUUUGCAGACACCUCCGCCGACUCGUGACAGCUUUUUUUCCCUCUUCUUAGAUCGAAUCAGGUUCUUAUGGUUGCAGAGUAACCUCAGUAGUUCAAUUCAUUAACACUCGACGUCCUGAUUUUGAAGUCCAUAGGCUCCUUGAUUAUUAAUUGAGAAACUGUCAUUAUUGCCUGCAAUUAGUGAUGUUCGUUUGGUUCUAAUGAAAUUCCGGAAGUUUGUUUUUGGUAGAAAAGUUGUGUUAGUUACCAAUGGGUGUGAGCUACUUGGCAAUCUCAGCAGUGUCUACAGCUUUAAGCUUUGUAGGUCUUCAACUGUGGACAGAAUUUUCACUUGAUAAACUUCAAACUGAUGGGUUAAUUAGUGAGAAUAUUAUUCAUACGGAAAAUGUCAACCGUGCACUUGAGCUUCUUUUGGGUUCUUAUGCCACAGUGGCUCUACUGGCAAUUUUUGUGCUCAAUGUAUUUAUUCUACUCAUCCUUUCUCUAAAGACUGUAUUCUUUGGUGAGUUAUACCCUUCAGAAACUCGGAAAUUAGUAGAACGUCUUAUCAACUAUGUUAUCUACAAGGGGACCUUUCUACCAUUAGUUAUUCCACCAACAAUAUUCCAAGCAGGUCUUUGGUCAAUCUGGUUGACAGUUAUAUGUUGUCUGAAGAUGUUUCAAGCUUUGGCCAGGGAUCGACUUGAGCGAUUGAAUGCAUCUCCUUCUGCUACACCGUGGGCAUACUUUCGUGUCUUUUCAGUGUUUCUCUUCGUCAUUUCUGUCAAUUUCUUUUGGAUAUGGCUGAGCUUUGUGAUAUACAGAACACUGAAUUCAUCUAUGUUUCUGCUGUUGUUUUUUGAGCCUCUCAGUAUUGCUUUUGAGACCAUGCAGGCUAUUUUGGUUCAUGGGUUUCAGCUGCUUGAAAUAUCACUCCAUUCAGUGGGAAACAGUGCAGAUUGCCAAAGAGCAAAACAUUUUGAUUUAUCAGCUGCAGGUUCAUUUUGGGAAUGGAAGGGAAUUCUUAUUCGCAAUCUAGGCUUCUUCCUUGACAUGGCGACACUGUUAAUGGCACUCGGUCAUUAUGUGCUUAUUUGGUGGCUCCAUGGCAUGGCAUUCCAUCUUGUGGAUGCAGUUCUUUUCUUGAAUAUACGUGUAAAUAUUUGUGCCUUGCUAAGUGCAAUUGUGAAGCGUAUAAAGGGAUUCAUUAAAUUAAGAAUGGCUUUAGGGGCUCUUCACGCAGCACUUCCUGAUGCAACAUCUGAAGAGAUACGGGCAUAUGAAGAUGAAUGUGCCAUAUGUAGGGAACCUAUGGCCAAGGCUAAAAAGCUUCAUUGUAAUCACCUUUUUCAUCUUGCUUGCUUGAGAUCUUGGUUGGACCAAGGUUUAAAUGAAGUUUACUCCUGUCCCACAUGUAGAAAGCCACUUUUUCUGGGCAGACCUGAAAAUGAGGCGAAUUCUCGCACAGGAGAAGCACUAACUGAUGAGCAGUUGGCCCGUCAGAUAAAUUCUGGACUUGAUCGGCAAAAUGUACCUGGUCAUACCUUACCUGCAGGAGUAUUCCCAAAUCAAAUGCAGAACCCUGUAGAUGGCAGCCCUUGGAGGACUGCGGGACUGGAUUCAGGCUGGUUACAUUCCUGGCCAAACCAAAGUGUUGAUGGAGCUGGUCCUUCUACCGGUAUCAGAUCAGUUGGACUUGGGAGAGUUCAUAUGAUGAUGAGGCAUCUUGCAUCUGUUGGAGAAACUUACGCCCAGACUGCUCUUGAAGAUACUGCUUGGAGCCUUUGGCCCAUGAACCCAUCUCAGGCUGCUGCAUCUACUUCAUCGGUUCCUCCAAAUGUUGGUGGAAGAUACCCUGGAAAUGCUGGUAGUUUACAUAUGAGGACUGCCUCACGCACAGCAAAUGACAACAUAGCAAAUAUACUUGCCAUGGCUGAGACUGUUCGAGAGGUUUUGCCACAUGUCCCAGAUGAGUUAAUUUUUCAGGACUUGCAGAGAACAAAUUCUGUUACCGUUACUGUGAAUAAUCUUCUCCAAAUGUGAUAAUGCACUGUGUUUGUUUUCGACACAUUCUUCCAGCACAUGAAUAGAUCGUUGGUCUUCUAUAUAGCCAACCCUUUUAAGGUUUUGGGAUUAGGCAAGGCUGUUGAAUUAACACAGGUCCUCUUAUAACGUUUCUUUCCCUACAAAUAUCCAGAUGGUUAAUUCUCUGUAUAUAAAGGCAAGUUUGCUCAAUCAGAUGUCAGUAUGGAAAAAGGGAAAAGGAGAAAAAUAUAUAUAUUUUUUGUUGUUUUCCUGUGAAAAAUAAAGUUGCUACAUAUAGGUGGUCGUUGGUCCGGCUGGUUCAUAGCACUUUGGUUCUGAUCCUGCAUUUCAAGCGAGAAACGGAUUGUACGAUGGUGGCCGUGGGGCAGCUGCCCUCACUCAAAUUCUAAAACCUUUUGUAGUAUUAUGUAACCAUCCACAAAAGUUUUAGAAAACUUUUAAUUCUGCCCUUAUUUUGAAUUUGAGUAACUGUCAGCCCUGCCAUGCUACAGCGUUGAGCUGUCUUAUUUUAAAAUAAAUGGAUUGUAAAAAUAUGCGUGAUUUUAUAUAAAUAUGGUUUUAAAGAA